CCGCCAAAACCGUAGAUGGAAACGCCAUCUUGUGCAUUGAUGUUUAUAUUUUCGUAAAUCGUGCAACGUUCAUUGUUGACUUUUUCGUAUGUGUUUUUAUGGUUUAGAUCGCGUUGCCAGUUGCAAUGUUGAUCGCGAGUCUAAUACUGAAUUCCCUCGUAUCUCCUCAUACCGAACGUACUGUUUUACUGUCAGUGAGAAAUGUCUCAUUGAUGCGUUUAGAUCAGUGCUAGACAGAUACAAAAAUCAUGUUUUACGCGCAUUUUGUGUUGGCCAAAAAAGGGCCCUUGGCCCGUAUAUGGUUGGCCGCCCAUUGGGACAAGAAAUUAACGAAGGCGCAUGUGUUUGAGACAAAUAUAGAAAAAUCAGUGGACGGUAUAUUACAACCGAAGGUUAAAAUGGCUUUGAGAACAUCCGGUCACUUGUUACUGGGAGUAGUACGAAUCUAUUCAAGGAAAGCAAAGUAUUUACUGGCUGAUUGCAAUGAGGCUUUUGUGAAGAUCAAAAUGGCCUUCAGGCCUGGGAUGGUAGAUCUGCCUGAAGAACACAGGGAGGCAGCUGUAACAGCUAUCACUUUGCCAGAAGUGUUUCAUGAUUUCGAUACUGCUAUGCCUGAACUCAAAGAUGUCGACAUCGAAGCUCAAUUUAGUUUGAAUCAAUCCAGAGCAGAAGAAAUAACAAUGAGGGAAGAUUAUGGCAGUUUAUCUUUGGUUACACAUGAUCAAGGCUUUGGUGACAUGAGUUUUGACGCUGAGCCACCAGAGUUGCUACGACAUGGCAGUGGCAUGGAACCUUCAUUGGAUCAGAGUCACAUGUUGUUCAGCGAUGGUCCAGGAAUAGAGACAGCAUUAGAACAGAAAGAAAAAGAGCCAGUUGCAGGAACAUCAGCUACAACACAACCGAUGGACAUAGAUACACCCAUCAGAGACGAUGGUUUUGGUGGUCAUCUUGGCCAAGAUAUUAUAUCGGGAGGUCUCUUCGAAGGUGGUUUAUUUGAUGAAGCUCCAAUGGGUGAAGUACCUGUACCUGAGGUUAGUUCGAUAAAUGAGCAACAGGAAGCAGGCGCAGCUCCUGGAGCUGCUGCUUCCGUGCACGAUGAAUCCGACGAGGAUAUGGGUGAUCAUUUUGGUGGUCCAGCCUCUCCAAUGGGAGGCAUGAGCUCUGACAGCUCUAGGCCAGCUACACCAGCUGCAGCGGGAGAGGAAAUUGAAGGAAGAAUUAGUGUUGCCAGUCGACGUUUUACACCAGCUCCACCGGUUAUACCAGAAGAACAUGCCAAUGACAAUGUAGAAGAACCACCACCUUUACAAGAUCAAACCACAUUAUUGCACGAUGAGGAAGAAAGCUUCGCGCUAGCUCCAAUUGAUGCAUCUGCUUUGAAAGGGUUCACAAAAGCCAAACGCAAGCGUAAACUCAUUGUCGAUGAAGUAAAAAAUAUUUCUGGUGAGGAAAUGAAAGCACAGCUAUCUGACACUAGCGAUAUUAUCACGACGUUGGACUUGGCACCACCUACGAAAAGAUUGAUGCACUGGAAGGAGACAGGUGGCGUAGAGAAGCUCUUUGCUCUACCAGGAAGACCUAUCCCGGCUCGUGUUCUAUUUAAAAACUAUCAAAGACAUCUGACCAGCAAGUCUUACGAUCACGAAGACUUCGGGCGACUUGGAACUGAGGAAGAUGGAAUGUCUUUAGAACAAAUCAGAGAUGCUCCAGAAGAGGUGUCCUCUUUCGAACAAAGUAUCCUCAAUAAGCGUACAGGACGAAAACGGAAAGCACCGCAGGAUGAUGAGAUAAGGCCACCUCCUCAGCCAGCUCAGCCAACUUCAGCAGAGUUCCAAUCGAAUGAAGCGGAAAUUCCAAACAUAAUUGCACAACAUAAUCUUUCUUCAGAAUCGUCUAUGCCACCUGAGAUCUCUUUACCAGCAGAACCAUCCGACAUAAGCAGCAUUGUGCCUUCUGGAGAAUUGUCAGAGGUACCGCCAACCACCGAAGCGCCUUUGCUCGGUUCGGAAAUACCGCAGAUCGCACCAGCUGAAGUUAACUCGAUACUCGGUACACAUGAAGAACCGCAAGUACCAUCGGCACAGGAAGAAGCCGCUACUGUACAAACAUCUGAUAUGCCGCAGAUGGAGAAUAUGGGUUAUGACCAAGCACAGCCACAUGUUUCAUACAUGGGCUAUGACGAACAACAUCCUCCAGCACAUACGCCUGGUGCGAUUUCGGAAAGAGGACCUGCCACACCGUGGAACCAUGAGGAUUACGAAUUUCCGCCAUCUGUGGGACCGCAAGAGGAGCAACAAAUGGAUGAAACUUAUGAGCAGUUUGAAGAACGCGUUCUUAACAAAAGAGCAGCACAUAUGUAUCAUGUUAUUAAAAGCAAAUUAGAUACCAAAGAUAAAUUAACACUAUCAGAGAUGGCAUACAAAAAUAAUCGCAAACAGGUUGCACAAAAGUUUUAUACACUGUUAGUCCUGAAAAAGUUCCAAGUAUUAGAACUCAAUCAAGAAUAUUCAUACGCUGAGAUUAUAGUCACAAAAGGACCAAAAUUCGAGAACCCUGCGUUGUAAAGGUUUAAUGCUCUCAAUUAUAAAACUUCGCGUAUCAAUGACGAGGCAUGUAUCUUUACCCGUACAAUAUCAAAAUAACAUUUACAUUUUUUCAUAAAUAAAUCCUAAAUUAGGAUAUUGAAAAGAUGCGUUGAUUUUAAGCACAGGCUUGUGAGAAAUGAGAAAAUAUCUAAUUUCUUUUUUUGUUUCCCUGUCUUGGAAAGAUGCAUAAUGAGUAAUUGUGUAAUCACUUUAAUCGCAUUGCAUUCUUUUUUUUUUAUAUAGACACAUGCAUCAUUUACCAUAUUGACCGCUUGCCACUUAAAUAAAUUUUGGUUAAUCAUGUUAAA